CUGCUCGUGAAUCACCCUUUUCGCAAUCCAAUCCAAUUUAAAAAUAGGCGCGUUUCAUCGAAAAAAAAAUAAAAAUCGAACGACAUAUCAUAUCUUAUCAAAAAAAAGCUCCGCCCACAAAAUGUGCCUCUUAUCAUUUUUUGUGUGUGUCACAAACAGUUUCAUUUGCCAUUUAUUUUUCGCUUUCGCCAUUUUCUUUUCAUUUUUUUGUGAAAAACAAAAAAAACUCUCUAUCUAUCUAUUUUCCAAAUUUCAGAAUGUCGUCUCAAGAUUUCGUUGGAAGAUGGAAACUCGUCGAAUCCGAAAACUUCGAAGAAUACAUGAAAGAAGUCGGAGUUGGUUUGAUCACCAGAAAAGCUGCCGCUAAUUUGAAACCAACUUUGGAAAUCAAAGUUGAAGGAGAUGUUUGGCAUUCAAACCAAUAUUCGACUUUCAAGAACACCACUUUGUCAUUCAAACUUGGAGAGGUAAGGGGACGAGUCGGAUUCUAGGCCAGGGAACCCCUAGGGAAAAAAUCGAGCCCGGGAAAUUGAUUUUUUGCAGUUUUAAAAACGUUUUCAAUUGAAGAUUUUUCAAAACAAUAUUUUCGAGCCGAGUCGGUUUCUAGGCCACGCCUGUUUUUUUCUCAUUAGAGCGCGUUUGCAUUUUCUGAUGCAAUAAAAACAUCAAAUUUCUUCGCGUAAUAAGCACAAAACUCAGUGAUAACAAAUUAUUAGAGCUGUCAAAAAAUUAUCAAUAUAUUUACACACGUGUAAACACUUUCUUAUCUGAACACUCAUAAACAAUUUUAUAACCCCUAAAACAAUAACAAUUAUUCAGGAAUUCGAUGAGACCACCCCAGAUGGUCGCACAUUCAAAUCAUUGAUUGUCUUCGAGAACGGAAAAUUCACUCACACUCAAAAGAAGAUCAAGGAUUCCGAUCAUGAUUCGCACAUUGUUCGUUGGAUCGAGAAUGGAAAACUCAUCACCACUCUUCAAUCAGGAAACGUUACCGCUCGUCGUGUUUACGUUCGCGAAUAA